UUGAACCGUGUGCCCGCAGCCGGGCGAUAUAAAAUCUAUUGUUAUCGAGUUUGAAUUUCUUCGAAAUUAAAUUGAUAUAUUUUACUUAUUAUAUUAUUAAUAAUACCAUUGAUUAAAAUACUUUAGUAGUAAUAAUAAUAGGUACUACUAAUAAUAAUACUAUAAUAUUUAUAAUCAAUGAAAAUAGUAAGUUGUUACCACUAGUUUGUAUUUAGUGACGUCGUGUUUCACUACAUUUAACGUUUGUGUUCAUUUUAUGCAUUUGCAAAUAAUAAUACAUUUAUAAAAAUGAGUGAUUGGCGAUUCAGUAAAAAAACUCGUGCAAAAUUAUCUGCGCCACGGAAAAAAUCAAGGCAUAAUUUGAAAAAUCUGCAUUCCAAAAUUACUAAAACCUUAGAGAACAACGAUAUUCAGAUUUUGGAUCAUUCUAAUAAUUCAAAUGAAAAUAAUGAUGAAAACAUUGAUUUGUCUGAUAGCAGAAAUACAAACGAUGCCACAAUGACGCAUACUAUAAAUAAUAACAUAUUUCAAUCCACAUACAGAUUAGUAGUAUCAGACAGACAUAAAAUAAACGCAGAAGAAUAUAUAUUACAAGGCAGAAGGAUGGUUGAUAUAGCAUUUUUAUUCAAGGCAAUUCAAAGUAUUCGACACAAUACGUUUGACUGUACAUUUUCUGACUUAAAAAUUAUAAAAGAAAAAAAAAAUGGAUUUUUUAGCACAUUUGUUUUUAAAUGUAAAAUAUGUGGUACGAUAGAAAAUAUUUAUUCAGAAGAUCCUGAACGAAAAGGUUUCAGUAUAAAUACAGCAGUUACAUCUGCCAUAUUAAACACGGGACAAGGAUAUUCCCAAUUGGAAGAGUUCUGUGGUAUACUUGAUAUGUAUUGCAUGUCACUUCCUACUUAUCAAAAUAUUCACGAACAAGUUAGUCAAAGUAUAUUUAGUGUAAGUUUGGAUGAGAUGAUAAAAGCGGGACAAGAGGAAUCAAAAAUUGCAAUUGAAAACGGAGACGUAGAUGAACAAGGACGUCCCUUGAUAACCGUGAUUGCAGAUGGGGCAUGGUCAAAAAGAUCAUAUAAAAGCAAUUAUAAUGCUUUAUCUGGUGUCGCUUCCAUAUUUGGAUGGAAUACAAAAAAAUGUUUAUUUGUUGGCGUUAAAAAUAAAUAUUGCAUUAUUUGUCAUCGAGCUUCCCAACAAAAUGAACCAACCAGAUCUCACGUGUGUUAUAAGAAUUGGGAUAGUACCUCUACUUCUAUGGAAUCAAGUAUAAUAGUUGAAGGAUUCAAAGAGAGUAUUCCAAUGCAUAACCUUAUUUAUGAUAAGUUAAUCGGAGACGGUGAUAGUAGUGUGAUGAAGAACUUGAGUUUAACUAAACCAUAUGGACCGGAUUUGAAUAUAAAGAAAAUAGAGUGUACAAAUCAUUUGCUUAGGAACUAUAUAAACAGACUACGUGAAACAGCUAGUCGACGCAAGUGUACAAAUGGGAAUAUUGUUCCAGGUGUUCAAAGAACUUUUUUAAAAAAUAAUGUACUCCGUCUUCGAUAUGCUGUUACUGAAGCCAUAAAGUUUCGUAGUAAUAUGAAAAUAAAUGCUACAGAAAAAGUAAAACUACUUAAGUCGGAUAUUUUGAAUGGACCUUAUCAUGUAUUUGGAUACCAUACACAUUGUGAUCAGUAUUUUUGUGAUGGCCUAAAAGACGGUGAAUAUAAUUUAGUGCCCGAUUUAGAAAAAUCCGGUCUUUGGAAUGACAUUUUAGCUGCAAGAAAUUUAUUAGCACACCAUUCUUCAAGUUUAAUUCACAAUGUUAAUAAUAACUGUGUCGAAAAUUAUAAUAGUGUAGUCGCCAAAUACGUAGGUGGAAAGCGUAUUAAUUUUUCUUUAAAAGGGUCUUACCAAACACGAUGUCAUAUUGCUCUAACGUCCUUAAAUGCAGGUCCGUCGCAUAUAAGUGUACUACACAAAAAAAUUACAAAGGCAAGUCCAGGUGUAUUUACUAAACGUUUUAUAGAACAACGUUCGAACAAAAAUAAAAAUAAAUUAAAAAGACGACAACUAUUUGGAAAUUCCAAGUCUACUAAAAAAGUUUAUAAUGGCCCAGACCGAGACUAUGGAUGUAUUCAAGAAGAACCUCAAAUAUUGGAUAUGGAUCCAAAAGAAUUUAAUAUUAAAAAAAUAAAAUUUUUAGAGCGUGUAUCAAAGACUAAUGAAGAAAUUAAAACAUUAGAAGAGUCAACGAAAAAUCAGUCUGAAAGCGAACUAUGGAAAGUAGAGAGAAGUAUACGACUGACAGCCUCAAAUUUUGGAAAGGUUUGUAAACUACGAUUAACAACGUCAAGGAAAAAUACUGUUAAAAGUAUAUUAUAUAAUACAUUUUCCGGUAAUUUAUCGACAAACUAUGGCAUCGAAAAUGAACCUAUAGCAAGAAUUUCCUUCGAAAAAGUGAUCAACUUAAAAAUUAAACCGGCUGGUUUAUUUGUUGAUAAAACAUAUCAUUUUUUGGCUGCAAGUCCUGACGGGCUAAUCGAAGACGAUGGUAUCAUAGAAAUUAAAUGUCCAUACACUAUUAAAGAUCUCACACCUGAAGAUGCUAUCCAAAAUGGAAAAUUGAAAUUUGCGACAGUCAUCGAUGGAAAAUUAAAUUUAAAAACAAAUGAUAAUUACUAUUAUCAAAUACAAGGACAACUACACAUAACACAAAGAGCUUACUGUUAUUUCGUCGUGUGGUCAUCCAAAGGUAUGUUGUACCAAAAGAUUGUACGAGAUGACGUUUUUUUCGAACUACGAAUGCAGCAACAGUUGAUUUCAUUUUACCAUGACCAUUUGUUACAUGAAAUAUUAGAUUCCCGUUUUAAUCGUGGUUUACCCAUUAGAGAUUAAUUUUUAGCUUUUUUCGUAGUUAUAAUGUAAUAUAUUUAAUUAAAAUAACGACUUCAAUAUUAUUAUGUAUUAUUAAGUAUUUGAUAAAAAAUAAAUUAUAUUAAAUGUAAAAAAUUUUAAAAUGUUUAAAUACUACCUAUUCCUAUUUCUUAUACUAUAUAUUAUAUUAUUGUAAUGUAUUAAAACUAAAUCCAAGUGGCAAGUACAGUCAUAAAUCAUAAUUAACCCUAAUAUAAAUUAUUAUCGGUAAAUAUUGUAAUUAUAAAAACAUUAAAAUCCCCACAAUGGUUUUACGAUAAAGACGCGAUAGCGACCGCGGACCCAACUCGCAAAUACGCCCGCAGUAUCAGUACUACCUGUAUGAUAGGGCGGAAGGUGGUGGUACAUAUAUAGUACCGCACUCACACUAAUAAUCAUUUACGACUAACACAAAGAUUACGGGCGGCGACGACAAGAUAAGAAAUUGCCUAAAUUGUUCCCCUUAAAUAAUAGCCACUAAGACCCGCCUUAAUACAAAAUUACAUUUCUUAAAUUGCCUUUGACUAUGCCUGACUGCAACA